AUGAAGGAGAGCUGCUUGAACAGUGGGAGACGCAACGCCAUUGUUCUCUCAUGGAUAAUGAAUAAUGUGGCACCAGAACUUCUAGGUGGAGUUGUAUAUGCGUCUGAUGCAUAUCAGUUGCACCGUGAAAUUGCUACAUUAUCUCAAGGAACAAAUUCUGUUUCAGUGUAUUUUUCAAAGUUGAAAGAAUUGUGGCAUGAGUAUGAUGUUUUGGUUCCAUUUCCUAAUUGCUGUGAAAAAUCGAAAGAACAUGCAGAAAAUUUACAUCAACAAAGAGUUAUGGAAUUUCUAUCUGGUUUGAAUGAAUCAUAUAACCAAGCUAGGAGACAAAUUUUAAUGAAAACAAAUUCACGUACUCUAAACCAAGCAUAUGUUAUGAUUAUUCAAGAUGAGAGUCAACAGAAAAUAAGUGCGAAUGUUGUAACUUUUGAUAAGAUAGAGCCUUUAGCUAUGCAAGCAGGACGAGGAAGAGGUAGGAGACAAUACCUACAAUGUGAUUUAUGUCAUCUUAAGGGGCAUACUAAAGAAAAGUGUUAUAAGAUUGUUGGUUACCCUGCUGAUUAUGCUCCUAGAAGGAGAUAUGGUGAAGGAACAAGGUCUCAAAGUGAAUGGCAACAGAAUCCAAGCAAUGGUAAAUCUGGAUGGACCAAUUCUAAUGCUGGUAGGCAAGGUGGAAAUGAUGGUAAUGCUGGUAGACCAGGUGGCUGGAGAAGAGAACCUAUGGCUAAUGUUAACAAUGCAGAUGUGAGUUCAUUUUGUAUGCAGGAUGUGAGUGAUGGUCCUUCUGGAGUUGCUGAGCACAAGGGAUAUCACUACUUCACAAAUGAUCAGUCCAGGAACAAGUGCAUGAAUAGGUCCAGGAACAAGUCAGGAGCAGAGCUAUUAUCAGAUGUUAAAAGCACAAAGAAAACUGAUAAAGAUAGAGUACAUCUUCCAACCGUAGAGCAAGCUGAUAUUACUCAUAUUGGUAGUGCAAUUCUAUUAGACAAGAGAGAGAUCAAAGAUGUGCUUUUUGUUCGUAACUUCAAGUUUAACUUGCUCUCAGUAGCAAAGUUGACAAAGGAACUAAAAUGUAAUGCCAAUUUCUUUCCUGAUUUCUGUAUGUUUCAGGAUCUUUGGAAUGGCAAGGUGAAGGGGAUUGGUAAAGAAAGAGGAGGCUUGUAUGUACUCAGAGGUUUAGCCAACAGAACAAAUGCACUCAAUGCUGUGAGCAGGACAAGCAGGGAUUCAAAUGAAGUUUGGCAUAACAGGCUAGGCCAUCCAUCUACAUUAGUAAUGAGACAUGUAGUAGGCUUAAACAAUAAGAAUAAUGCGAUGUCACAUGAAAAUGGCUUGAUAUGUCCACUAGCAAAGCAGACUAGGUUGAAGUUUCCAUUAAGCAAGUCUAGAUCAGCAGUAGCAUUUCAUCUUUUAAAAUCUGAAGCAAUAGUGGCAAUAAGACAAUUCAUUGCCAUGGUUCAAAAUCAGUUUGGUAUUGUGAUCAAGGUAAUAAGAUCGGAUAAUGGAUCUGAAUUUUUCAAUGCACAAUGUUCUGAGCUGUUAACAGGUCUUGGCAUAAUUCAUCAAAGUAGUUGCCCUUACACUCCACGGCAGAAUGGCAUAGUGAAGAGAAGGCACAGAUACAUACUUGACACUGCAAGGGCUUUGAAGUUUCAAGGCUCAAUUCCAACCAGAUAUUGGGGAAUGUGUGUUAAAAUAGCAGUAUACUUGAUCAACAUGUUGCCAUCAAGUGUUCUUGGGGGCAAAACUCCAUAUGAGCUAUUGUACCACAAGAAUGCUAAUAUUGCACAUCUAAGGACUAUAGGUUGUUUGUGCUAUGCAACAAAUCUAGUCAAGACAGAUAAAUUUGCAGAAAGAGCCAAGGCAGCCAUUCUCAUGGGAUACUCUGAGACACAGAAGGGUUAUAUACUACUUGAUUUAGACACAAAGCAAUUCUUUACAAGUAGGGAUGUCAUAUUCAAGGAAUCAGAAUUUCCUUUCUCUAAGAAGGAUGAGAACAUAUCACAUGAUUCACAGGAGCACAUGGAUCAGGGAGCACUACAAAUCUCACCUUUGCACAUACAGUCAGGAGUCAACACACACAAUAUCACAAUAGCAGGAGAGAUGAGCCUACAAGACAAUGGAAGAAGUGAAUUGCAUGGGAAUCUACCAAUUCUACAGGAGACAGGCAGGGACGAUAUGCAUGAAGUUUCUCAAAAUAUACACAGUAUGGAUGUUGCUCAUGCAGACACACAUAGUGUUGAACAUCAUGAAGGUGCAGAGACUUUAGUCAACAGACAAGAAGAUGUUGAUGAAGGGAUUUCCAGACCAAAUAGAAGGUAUGCAAAGCAGGUUAAGGAGCCAAUAUGGAUGAAAUAUUAUGUCACAACAAAGAAGACAACCAACUGCAGUUAUCCUAUCUCCAACUACCUGACUUAUGAUCAUACUAGUACAAGCUACAAAUGCUACUUGGCUAAGCUCUCUCAACUGACAGAACCACAGACAUUUAAGGAGGCAGUGAAGGACAUCAGGUGGAUAGAGCUAUGA